UGAACCAUUUGAUAACCUUCACAUUUUUUAUAUAUUUUUCUUAUAUGUGAGACUAAUUGUUUUUCCAUGUAAGAUAUACAAAGGCAUGGAUCAGCAGGUGUCCUGCAGCACGUCAGCUGAGGGCGUAACGCAGGACAGCAACAUGUAUCUAUGCGUCGAGUGUGACUUCAAAUUCGAUUCCAGCUCGUCGCUCAAGGCCCACGUAAGGCUGCAUUGUUCGAACGAAGCCGUGAACCGUCUCGGCGGUGAGGAUAACUUCUCGCUGUCGUGUAGUCUUUGCGAUUACAGAUGCUCGGAACGAUCGGACCUCGACAUUCACGACGAGAAACACAAGGACAAGAAGAGGUUCUCGUGCAGUCUCUGCGAUUACAGAUGUUCCCUCAAACACCACCUAAAGCGGCACAUGCUCUUGCACACGGGCGAGAAGCCCUUCUCGUGCUCCGCGUGCGAUUACAGAUGCUGCGAUAUGUUUGAUCUCAAGAAACACACGCGCAUACACACAGGUGAAAAGCCGUUCGAGUGUAGCCUCUGUGACUGCAGGUUCGCCAGGGGGCACCAUUUGAAACAACACCUUUUGACGCAUUCGAAAGAAAAGCCGUAUUCUUGCAACCUCUGUGAUUACAAGUGUUCACAGCAGAAGGACUUAAAGAGGCAUAUGCAGGUGCACACGGGCGAGAAGCCAUUUUCAUGCAGUUUCUGCGAUUACAGAUGUUCAAGGUCAUACCAUUUGAAACGGCACAUGUCAUUGCACACGGGGGAGAAGCCGUUUACGUGCGCAGACUGCGGUUACAAAUGCUCGCAGCUUUCGAACCUAAAAAGGCACAUAAGGAUGCAGUCGGAGGAGAAGCCGUUUUCGUGUACUUUCUGUGGUCACGGCUUCUCGCAGCAGUAUGACCUAAAGCUGCACACGCUCACUCACACUGGGGAGAAACCAUUCACGUGCGACGUGUGUGGUUACAGGUGCUCGAGACAAUCGCGUCUCAGCCAGCACAUGCGUACGCACACGGGCGAGAAGCCACUGUCAUGUGAUUUCUGUGAGCUGAGGUUUUUCUACCCAUCUUACCUCAAGAAGCACAUGGCGAAACACAUGGAGCGAGAGCCAUUGCGAUGUGCUCAUUGCGAUUACACAUGCAUGACAGAGCCGACAAUGAAAAAACACAUUUUGGAACGUUGUCAAAAACGAUGAAACUCCCUCAAAAGAACCUCUAAUCCUAUAAUUGUUCUAAUUAUCUAAAUGUUUACAAACUUUUAUA